AUGGACGCGCCUAACGCGCACAGCUGGCCUGUGAGGCUAGUUACCAAGGUCGGCAAUGUCCUGCGACCGCCCAAAAGCUACUCUCAGGAUGCAGUGGACAAGCGAGCGCGAAAAGAUGGCGAGAGGCGCAAGCUUCAGAAAGUACAGCCCCGACCGCAGGGGCCGGAUCGGCAGAGCGAUGUCAACGAACUGGGCGAGCGAGAAUAUUCGGUCUUCAGCGACAGCACGACGGUGGCGGAGAAGCCUCUCGAUCACACGGAAAUGAUGCACGGGCUGGCACAUCACGAGUCGUUCGAAUCGCUGCUCGACGGUAGGAAAUUGGGUCUACUCGACGCACUGGAGGACUCUAGCAACCUGACGGGCAAAGACCGCAUACUCUACGAAGCAAUGAGAUCCGUCAAGCACGAGAAUUUGAUUGUUUCCCUCCCAGAUGAGAUUUGGAAUCGCAUCGCCUUCUUCCUCACACCUCUAGAAGCUGCCAAUCUGGCAAGUUCAACCAAAACUCUAUUUCGCAAACUAGGGACGAUGCCAUUCGAGACUCUCAAACGACCAGAGAACCGAGCUCAUAGAAUCAUCUUCUUACGAAGAUUCGACCGUCGGCUGCCGGACCACCUUUUCUGCUUCGUCUGCGUCAAAUUCCACCAACGUCUCAACCCCGGCGAAGAAGUUCUAAAAGCGGACUUCGUAGCCAACCCCAUCUUCAAAUGCCCCAACGUCAAGAAAUCUGUCCUCCCUCGCAUGCGAUUAACCUUCGACCGCGAAUUCCCUUACUCGUUCCUCCAACUCGCCGUUCGCGCACAGAAGUUCUCAUCCGCCCACGGCCUCGGCGCCGACAAGCUGAGUCGCAGAUGGAAAUGCAAGACCAGCGGCUGGACCCACCGCACACGAUACAUGGUCCACGACAACCGCCUGCUGAUGCGCGUCGUCAGCCAAGUCGUCGCGCCCCCGGCCGCCAGCUCCACCGAGACGACCUACCGCCAGCUCCUCUACGAUCGAGAAGAGUACGUCCCGUACUUCUCCGUAUGCGCCCACUGGCGCGACGGCGACCUGAUGAAGAUCUGCAAAUGCGCCCUGUCGCACGUCCCCUCGCCACCGGAUCCGAUCCACAAGCAGCUGCAGCGAGGCUUCAAGGUCUCCCGCGAAGCCGCGCGGCCCAACUUCAUCGUGCGCGGCUGCGACGAGUGUCGGCCUGCGCGCCGCUGUCCCGAGUGCGCGACCGAGUAUCUCGUCAACGUCAACAUGAUCGAGGACACGGCGGAUCUGGCGCAGCCGUUCAAACAUGCGCUCGUCGUGACGCGGUGGAGUGACCUCGGCGAUGACAGCGGGCCGACGGCGUCGCUGGAGUGGGCGGCGACGAAUGGGCUGAGGGCAGAUGGCGCUGAUGGCGGGAAAGGGGAGUUCCGGAGCUUUGAUAACGUCGGACGGCGGGCGGUGGGUGGGGUCUUCGAAUCGGCCAUCAGUGGGACGGUCCCUGGAGAGCGAUUGGUGAGCUUGAAUCCGAGGAAUAAGAAAAUGGGCGAGGAAGGGAAUGGGUGA